AUGUUGAACAAUAUGGAUUUGAAUUCAAAAGAUUCGUUCUACCCUCAGUUUGACAGCUGCAAUACUUCUCUGGGAAUGGAAAAUAGCGUGCAGAAGGAUAACCAGGAGGUCUACGUCGAUGCAGAGCGGGGUGUACAUGCUCCGUUUGGCCAUGAGGGAGCACCAGCAACCCUAAAAACCGAAGCCUCCAACUCGGAAUUUACUUUUAAUCCUUGCGAGUGUCCAAAAGAGACGUACAUCCCCUCCUCCCUCGCCUACUCUGGUAGUUUCUAUGUUGAGGCAUCUCAGGGGGCGUCGUGCAGCACAGAGACAUUACUCAACAUGAUCACGGAGAUUGUUGGUAUAUCAACAGUGCCAAUCUCGGAGGUACAACAGAGUGGCAACGGCCGGGACACGUACCCAUCGUCCGCGCCAAGUAAUGGCGGUUUCGGAGACUCUAGCAUCAGGAGGCAACCUUACACCUGCACCGGUGCCACUCCUCCUUUAUACUCUCCAGACCAGACUUGCCAGGGUUACACCGAGGAUCAGGUCAGAGGUCAAACUCAAGAUUCAAGUCUGGGCUCCUCUCAAAUCCCAACCCAGAAAAACGUUGAACCCAACUCGGAGGCUGCGUCGUUCCCCGUGGCAGUCAAGAAUGAGUUUGAAAGUAGUUGCUAUGAAUGGGGCACCUUCACUAAAUCUGACUAUUUGGACUCGGGCUUCCAGACCGAAACUUUCCCCAUGUCGAGUGACUUACCCCCGGCCCAGCAAAUGGAUGUAAAGGAACUCCUGGGCACCUUCCCCCCGAUCUGUCCUAGCACAGAGAUGGAGUUGAAGGUGGAGGGGGGUAUUAAACAGGAGCCGUGUUUCUCUGACACGUGUUCUCAGAGCUUCCCCAGCACCGUGUACACCAACUACACAGGCCCACCACCAAUGGGUGUUUCGUCUAAUCUGAAACAGGUCCCAUUCCCCAUUGAACUUCAGCCAUCAUCGAACCAGUGCGAUUCUUUAUACACAUCACCAGCUUUACCGAGCACCAUAGACUCCAUCCUUUACUCCUCCCUGUUGCCGGACUCCUUUGCCCAAAGUUACACGCGCGUGAUGAAGACCCCCCGGGCGCGGAAAAGCCCCGCCGCCUCCAACGGCCCAGCCAAAGAGAAACCCUUCUCCUGCCCCAUGGAGAACUGCGACCGGCGCUUCUCCCGCUCGGACGAGCUGAACCGGCACAUCCGCAUUCACACGGGUCACAAACCCUUUCAGUGCCGCAUCUGUUUGCGCAGCUUCAGCCGUAGCGACCACUUGACCACGCACACGAGGACUCACACCGGAGAGAAGCCGUUUUCCUGCGACGUCUGCGGCAAACGCUUCGCCCGCAGCGACGAGAGGAAACGACACGGGCGCGUGCACCUGAAACAGAAGGAGAAGAUGGAACUGAAGCCGCCAGUAACCAGCGCGUGGCCCUUCACCCUCCCAGAGGGCAUUUGA